AAAUCAGAGGCCAAGUUUAUCAUAAAAUAGGCUCAUUGCUGCCAAUGCCAAACGAACCACAUAAAUUUUUACAAAUCUACUUUAUGGGCGGCGAGGACUCCGGAAGCGCACUAGCCAAUCGGGUGGAUGCACGUUAUGGCUACAAUAACCUUGAUUCAUUCUUUGCUAGACGCAUCGUCAGCGAGCUGGAUGCUCUAUUGAAUGAGCAUAAUGAAUUGUUGAAAAUAUUCAAAUCCCACAUGCACAAAUUAGAAAGCGAUAAUCACGCUAUUGUUAUUAAUCCUGAUAAAACACCAGCUGGAGAACACAUUCGUAGAUUCAAUGCACCUGUUGCUGACGACGUUGCUGGAAUCAUGGUUGGCGAUCGUACAGGUGCACGAGAAAUUGUGAUUCGUAGGAGAAUUAAUAAUCUUCAGUUUAUUGCUGAUACACACCGUUCAUAUGACGCUCUCCAAUAUCCGCUAAUCUUCUGGAAGGGACAAGACGGAUAUAGCAUAAAUAUUAAACAACGAGAUCCCGUAUCAGGAGCCGAAACAAACAAGAACUUCAGCUCGAAGGAUUAUUAUGCAUAUAGAUUGAUGAUUAGACGCGGGCUGGAUAACGUCAUUCUACGAUUUCGAGAGCUUUGUCAACAAUUCAUGGUCGACAUGUACGCGAAGAUAGAAGGCGAACGACUACGAUACUUACGAUAUAAUCAACUAUUUGGUGGCACUCUGUUAGUCCUUUGAGGUGACUUCAGACAAACACUUCCCGUCAUUCCACGUUCAACAUACGCUGAUGAAAUCAACGCCUGCUUAAAAUCAUCGACAUUGUGGCGUAAUGUUGAAAUAGUACAGCUGAAAGUAAAUAUGCGUGUUCAAAUACUUCAAGAUCCAUCCGCUGAAACAUUCUAAAAACAACUCUUAGAUAUCGGCGAUGGAAAAGUCACUAUAGCUGAAACUGGAUACAUAAAAUUAGCGAAUGAUUUCUGCACAAUCAUUGAUUCGCAAGAUGCUCUCAUUGAACAAAUAUUUCCCGAUGUACACACGAAUUACAUAAAU